CAACACUUGAGUACUGAUAGGAACUCCCCCAUUCAGUACAAUAUAAUUCUUUAAACCUACAUAAACCUGUAUCUGGAAAAAUGUCUUCGGAGUCAAAAGACCCUCCCCAGCUGUUUACCCCAGUUACAGUGUAUUCCCUUCUGGCUUGCGGUGUUCAGUUUGUUGUUGGUUACGUGCUGGCACAGUGUUGGGGGAGAAAGUGUUCUGCGGCUGACAGAUGGGUUAUGGUUUGGUUGUUUUAUGACGCCAUCGUGCACUUUACGCUGGAGGGUCCAUUUGUGUAUAUGUCUCUGAUAGGAACCGUUGCGACUUCUGACAACAUCUUUGCUGAUUUGUGGAAAGAGUAUGGAAAGGCAGACGAGAGAUGGCUUCACUCGCACCCCACGAUCGUAUCCAUUGAAAUCCUCACUGUGGUUUUAGACGGUCUUCUAGCCCUGGUGCUUGUUUAUGCCAUCGUCAAGGAUAAAUACUACAGGCAUUUCAUACAGAUCACACUGUGUGUCUGUGAGCUGUAUGGAGGCUGGAUGACCUUCUGCCCUGACUGGCUUGAUGGAAGCCCCAGCCUGAACACCAGCAGCUGGCUUUACCUCUGGGUCUACUUGGUUUUCUUCAAUGGUGUCUGGGUUGUCAUUCCGGGACUGUUACUGUGGCAAUCCUGGUUGGGGCUUCAGAGAAUGCAUCAAGCAGAGAAAAUGACUGGAAAGAAACUUAAAUAGAAGGUAGUUUUUCUGCUGCAAGUGAAUGCAUGUCUGCAUUGAUAACUAACUGGUAUUUCACAUCCAAUGCAAUACAUUAUAGUGGUUGGCGUGAGGAUAUUCUUGUGUCAGAGGAAUACUAAUUCUUUGUAUAUUUCUGGAAACAUUCAUCUUGUGGCUGGGGUGAAUGCUCUCUUCAUGUACACUGUUCCACAGAUUCAUUCUUCAAAUCAUCAGGUAAUGAAAAGGACAGUGGUUAAUACUAGGUUCUGUCAUAAGGACAUAAGAAAUGUUGAACUUGGAUAAAAAUGCAACAUAAGCAACACGUAUAAGUUAAUAUGUACCGUUGAGCCUGUCUGUGGUACAAAACUCUGAGGACAGCAAAGUGUGGACUUUACCUACAAGAACGUAACAGUCAACAUAGCUGUUAAUCUAAAAGUGUAGAGAUGAAAACUGCUAAAUAAUAAUAUGACUUGAAUUAAAACCCUGAUAUAAACAAUAUCAUCUGCAGCUAUUUUACAGGUACGGUUGGUUUGUAUGAAUUAGAUUAAUUCCAUCAAAUAAUAACGUUCUCAAUUUCUUACAAGUACAUUAUGCAGGAAACUGUUGUCUUGGUUCAAGUUAUAUGCCUUUUUAAAGUAGUAAAGUUUGCUUAUUUCAGCCUCUGCUCCACUCCAAGUCCCCAAGGUGGAGGUUUUUGCAAUAUUUAUCCUGGCAGUAGAUAGUUCUAACUGUAGAUGUAUAGAUGGCACUUGGCCCCAGAAAGAAAUACCCUCUGGACAUUCCCAGAGCAUGUGCAUUGAGGUGCCAGGUGUUUUUGGAGAACAGAGAUUACCAAGUGGGUCUGAGGGGAUUCCCACCUGGCAUCUCUUCAGAGGCGUCCAGUAUAUCCUGUGGCACGCUUUGAAAUGAAUUAGCUGAUUAGGGUUUUUUUGAUGCUUUAAAAAUAUUAUGCCACAUCGUAUUCCAAUAAAUUGGCCCAUCCUCUGAGGUUAGAUCUUUUUCCUGUAUUUUGGUAAUAGUCAGCGGCUUAUAUGAAGUUUUUAACAGAUGAGAGUAUAUUGCAGAGACUAGCCCCCUAGAGGAAGUUCCUGAAACCCAGUCUAUAAUAGGAUUAUUAUUAUUAUUAUUAUUAUUAUUAUUAUUAUUGUUUUAUUUAUUUCUUAGCAGAUACCCUUUAUCCAGAGUGACUUAGUUGUUACAAAGUAUCACAUUACACAAUAUCACAUUACACAAUAUCACCUUACAGAUAAGAGCAGUUAUAAAGU